GCCCAGGUGACUUGGAACCCUCAAGCUUGCACUCCUGGAUCACAAGAUCCCGACCCGGCCCAGCAUGCCGCGGAGCUUGCCAGUCCUCCCUGUACCUCCACCUUGAUCGCCGAUCGUGUGCAGAGUCCGCUUCCUACCCGACUCCCUGGCCAUUCCUCGGCCCUCGUCUCGUUCUUCCCUCUCGGACCGCCAUGCCGCAGAGCCAGGCUGUGCAUCCAAGCUCCGCGACAACGUGUGUUUGACAAUCACUUGCGAGCACAUUUAGCCUCAGCAGCAUCCCGGCCAAAUCCAUCACAGUCGUCAUCAUUUGCGCAUUCUUGGUGAUGCAACCGAAGCCACGCUUCUGGCAUCGUCUUCCGGUUGGCUCAGGCGGGUCUGCGUCAGCAUCUCAAUCAUAGCAAAGAUGGACAUGCUUGAAGCUGCAGCUGGGAGCGGCAGUGCCAGCUCCAGCACUAUCGCGGCCGCGCUCAACUCUACGGCAGCUGCAAUAGCAGCAGCCUCUACACUAGCACUGGAGGGCAGCCGAGAGGUGCCGCCCUCGUCAUGGCUCGGCCUUUUCGGCAAGCUGAUCUUUUGGGUCCUCCAGGCCGUUUCUUUUGUGGUCUUUUGGAGCCUCAAGAUCACAACAAUCUCGGUGCCGACCUUGAUCUUCUCUCUGCUUUCCACGAGUCUGACAGUCACCAUGAAAGCGACAACGCUCAUGUUCUUGACCGCGAUCAUGGGAGCUGGUAUCACAUGGGUGGUCAGGUAUCGCUACCUCAACAUGUACUCGCGGCUGCCACCUGAGCCUCAGCGCCGGGAGCCCGAGCUUGUUCUCUUCCCGGAUGUUGCUCAUGAGGGCGCCAAGCCCGGCUUGGCCAACUACCUGGACGAGUUCUUGAGCGCUAUCAAGAUCUUUGGCUACCUUGAGCGCCCAGUGUUCCACGAACUCACGAGGAGCAUGCAGACAAGGAAGCUUAUUGCUGGCGAGACACUGAACCUGGAAGAAGAAAAGGGUUUCUGCAUUGUCGUCGACGGCUUGGUCGAGAUCUUUGUCAAGUCGUCUCACCGUGACACGAUACAGUCCGAAAAGACACGUAUUCCGCGCCGUACUGGCGGACUAGACGAACAUGGACGCUCAGGCCAACAGCGGUAUCAGCUGCUGACCGAGGUCCGCAAUGGUGCACCCAUGUCUUCUCUUUUCUCGAUCAUGUCGCUGUUCACGGAAAACGUUGCACUCAGCCUUCCGGGAGAAGAGAGUCCUGGCCCUGAAUUCAUGGAGACUGGGUCCUUGCACCGCCGUUCAACAUCCGAACUGCAGCCUGGGACGCCCCAGCGUGAUGGAGUCCACGAUGGGUAUUUCACCGUAACACAUGAACCAGAGGCAAUCACGCCGGUUUCCCCAAGCAAGACGACGGAGUCUGGCAUUCCGCCGAUUUCUCUUGAUUCGUCGGCCCCGUUUAGGCCGACACGGCCAGCAUUUGUCAAGAGUCACAGGACAAAUUCUGCACAUCCAGAUAUCAUCGCUCGGGCUACUGUGGACACGACAAUCGCCAUCAUUCCUGCCAGCGCCUUCAGACGUCUUACGCGCGUAUAUCCAAAAGCAACCGCCCACAUUGUUCACGUCAUCCUGUCGCGCUUCCAGCGUGUGACACUUGCUACGGCGUACGACUAUCUCGGACUGACCAGUGAAGUCCUUCAAACAGAGAGAGACAUGAUCGAUUAUACCGCUUGCCAACUGCCGAAUGUUUUGCGUGGCGAUGCUUUAGACCGGCUUAAAGAGAAAUUCAGUAUGGAAAGAGAACGAACUGGAGACAAGGAUAGUGGCAAGGGCAUUGCGCUGCACAAUACUUCGGCAACUUCGCGAGGCCGCCGGGGAAGCACAGGCUUACGCAAGGAUGCUGCUCUUCACGCAAUGAGCAAGACUUUGCCACGGUCCGUUGUGGCCUCUACUAUUGCACCUCCUCAAGAAAGGCAAUCCAUCCACACUGCUGGCCCUGGAGAUCUUUUGGCAAAUGUGCAGCUGGCACGUGGCUCUGUAGCGCGACCUACGCCGCUCAGCGACCCUUGGGCACCAAACGAGCACCCUAGCCCUCUAGCACAGCGCACUUUUGAGUACUUUUCUGCUCAGCCACGCGCCAGACUCUCUAUUGAUCCGCGGGGGUCUGUUGACGAGGACAACAUUUUCCGGCAGUCCAUCUUGGAGUGCGUCUUCCAUGCUCUGGGCAUGCCGCAGGAAGGUCACACACCUCGCCAGGCAGAUUCGGUAGAGGGUUCGCCCCGACUCGUCUCUUAUGACCAGAGACGUCAGAAGGCAGUGUUUUCCAACAACGCUUUCGGUUUCAUGGAGCCAUUCGAGAACAAUGCUGAAUGGGAGUCAGAAUCCAUGACGUCUGGCGGAUUCUCAAUCGGCCGCACUCCGACACCACAACAGCUAGCCAGCGAAUUGAAACACGAAGCCGAGAUUGUUUUCUUCCCACAAGGCUCGGUCCUCGUGGAGCAAGGCGAACGCAGUCCUGGCAUAUAUUAUGUCAUUGAUGGCUUUCUUGACCUUUGCAUACCUGCUGGCGAUUCCGACCGGGAUAUCCUUACUUCGUCCAGCAAAUCGCUCAUGUCUGCCAUGCGCAGGGCAGACUCCCUUGGGCCUCAUAAUUGGACACCAUCCGAGUCUGUCAGCCCCCAACGUCCAGAUCAAAGCUCCACCGGCACGCCUGAGGCUACACCUCGAAAUGGGCCCGAGCGUCGUAGGGUCGGGCUUGUCAAGCCUGGCGGGAUCGCUGGUUAUAUCAGCACCGUCACGUCUUAUCGUUCCUUCGUUGACAUUGUCGCGAAGACUGAUGUUUACGUGGGGUUCAUCCCUCGUGCCCAGCUGGAGAAGAUUGUUGACAGAUACCCUAUCGUCCUGCUUACCAUGGCCAAACGGCUGACCAAUCUUCUCCCUCGACAACUGCUGCACAUUGAUUUUGCUCUCGAAUGGGUUCAGGUCGAGGCUGGCCACGUGCUAUUCAAUAAAGGAGAGGAUAGCGAGGCAAUUUAUCUCGUUCUGAACGGUCGUCUCCGGCAGGUCGAGGACCGUCAAGAUGGGGGCAUGAGUGUCAGGGCCGAGUUUGGUCAGGGCGACAGUGUUGGUGAACUGGAAGUGUUGACAGAGUCUGCUCGGAGUGGAACGUUGAGCGCGAUUCGCGACACGGAGCUUGUCAAGUUUCCGCGAACGCUCUUCAACAGCCUUGCACAAGAACAUCCCAACAUCACCAUCAAAAUCUCCAAGAUUAUUGCGUCGCGCAUGCGCACCCUGAUCGACAAUCCCAUGCUUGCCAAGGAUGGCGGUUCGGAAACAGCCAUUUACAAGACGUCCUCUACGCUCAACUUGAGGACUGUUGCGAUCAUUCCAGUCCGCGCUGGCAUUCCGGUCGUUGAGUUCGGGAACCGCUUGAUGGCUGCCUUGACCCAGGUCGGCCCCCCAAGCGGAGCGACAUCUCUGACUCAAUCUGCCAUUCUCAGUCAUCUGGGCAAACAUGCUUUCAACCGAAUGGGUAAACUCAAGCUCGCACACUACUUGGCUGAUUUGGAAGAAAAGUAUGGCCUUGUUGUUUACAUUGCCGAUACCAAUGUCAAUUCUCCAUGGACGCAGACUUGCAUCACACAAGCAGACUGUAUUCUUACGGUCGGCCUUGCUGAGGGUUCUCCAGAGAUUGGCGAGUACGAGCGUUUCAUGCUCGGUAUGAAGUCAACAGCCAGGAAGUCCCUGGUACUCCUCCAUGCCGACAGAUACUCGCAACCAGGACUGGCAAGAUCGUGGCUGCGUCAUCGGGUGUGGAUCAAUGGAGGCCAUUUCCAUAUCCAGAUGGCGUUUCGGCAAACAAUGCCAGUUGACCCCACGCCCUCAAGAAAGGCGGGUACUACCUUGAAGCAACGCGUGCAGAUCCUGCAAGCCGAGAUUCAAAAGUACACUAGCCGCAGGGUCCGUGACCGACCAUACUAUUCCCCCGAGGCUCCAUUCAAGGGCGACUUUCACAGACUCGCUCGACGAUUGUGCGGCAAAUCCAUUGGGCUAGUUCUGGGUGGAGGCGGCGCUCGAGGCAUCUCUCAGGUCGGCAUCAUACGAUCUAUGGAAGAGGCCGGUAUUCCGAUCGACAUCAUCGGCGGCACCUCGAUUGGCUCCUUCAUUGGAGCACUGUACGCGCGCCACGCUGAUGUUGUGCCCAUGUUGGGCCUUGCGAAGAAGUUUGCAGGCCGCAUGGCCAGCGUGUGGCGGUUCGCGUUGGACCUGACGUACCCGUCGGCUUCCUAUACGACCGGCCACGAGUUCAACCGGGGUAUUUUCAAGACCUUUGGGAACCACCAGAUUGAAGAUUUCUGGCUCGAGUACUACUGUAACACGACCAACAUCAGCAAAAGCAGAGGUGAGAUACACACUAGCGGAUAUGCCUGGCGGUAUGUCCGAGCAUCCAUGUCUCUGGCCGGACUGCUGCCACCGCUCUGUGACGAAGGCAGCAUGCUGCUGGACGGCGGGUACAUUGACAACCUGACCGUCUCCCACAUGAAGUCUCUGGGCGCCGACGUCAUCUUCGCCAUUGACGUAGGAGCCCUGGACGACGACACGCCACAAGCCUACGGCGAUUCCCUCUCGGGAGUGUGGGCCUUUUUCAACCGCUGGAACCCUUUUUCUUCGAUCCCCAACCCCCCCACGCUCGCCGAGAUCCAGGGCCGCCUCGCGUACGUCUCGAGUGUCGACGCGCUUGAGCGCGCCAAGACCAUGCCGGGCUGCAUCUACAUGCGCCCACCCAUCGACGAGUACGGCACGCUCGACUUUGGCAAGUUUGACGAGAUCUACCAGAUGGGCUACGAGUACGGCCACAAGUUCCUCGCCAAGCUCAAGGACGAAGGUAAGCUCCCGCUCGUGGAGGAGACCGAGGCAAAGAAGGCGCUGCGCCGCACCAUGGCUCCGAGACGGGCAAGCAUAUAGACAAGGGCCGUUUCCAGUCCUGUGCGCGCGCGCGCGUGUGUGUAUGUGUCUUUUUGCAUUGCAUUCAUCAUCACCGAGCGUGGUUGGUCAUUGGCGUCUGCAUGUGUAGAAUGCGACCUUGCAAGCAAGCCAUUUACCGUGUACAUGUCACGUCGGCACAGACUAGAGUAGACCUAGAACAUCAGCAAUGUCGUUUGUCGUUUGUCGAUAAUAUUGACAGGCUUAUUUGCUUUGAAACCG